AUGGCAGACCAAUUAAAAGAUCCGUUGCCGACGUCCAUCGAGGAGUUUGGCAGUGACGAGCGCAUAUCCUUCUCCAAGCUCGACAACAAGUACCUCGCUGUCCUCGACGAUGGCACCGAGCUCGAGUUCAACCCGGCGACAGCGACGUGGGCUGAGGCCGCCGACGAGCCCAUCGAACCCCUCGACGUCGACGAACACACUGCGCAACUUGUAGACCUCUCCAGAAGCGCCAGCGCCAGCGCCGGCCCCGAAGCGCAACCCAGCAAUUCCAGGAAACGGAAAGACUCCCCAGGCGGUAUGAACGACCAGCGGAACAGCAACAACAACGGAGGAAAUGGAAACGGCAACGGCCGCCCGGCGAAGAAGGCAAAACCCCCGCGCGCUCCGCCGCAGCCGCGCCAGAACACCGCCGUCUAUGUCACAGGCCUCCCCUCCGACGCGACGGUCGACGAGAUCCACGAGCUGUUCUCGCGCAAGGGAGGCGUCAUAGCGGAAGAGAUCGACAGCGGUCGGCCGAGAAUCAAGAUGUACACGGAUGCCGAAACCGGCAAGUUCAAGGGCGACGCGCUCAUCGUCUUCUUCAAGCCGCAGAGCGUCGAGAUGGCCAUCAUGUUGCUCGACGACACGGACUUCCGAUUCGACGGCCCCGCGGACCAGCCGAAGAUGCGCGUGCAAGCGGCGGACUCGAGUUACAAGAAGACGCAGUACGAAGACGGCGCGGCCGAGGGAAAGGGGGAGAACGGUGGAUCGUCGAACGGACCGCAACAGAAGAGGGAGAAGAACAACAGUGACAGGCAAAAGAUCAUUCGCAAGACGCAGAAACUGGCGGCGAAGCUUGCGGACUGGAGCGACGACGAGCCUUCGACUUUACCAACGGAGACCAACUCCAAGUGGGACAAGACCGUUAUCCUAAAACACAUGUUCACGCGCGAGGAGCUGGAGGAGGACCCGGCGGCGCUGCUGGAGAUCAAGGAGGAUAUUCGCGAGGAGUGCGCGAAGCUGGGCAACGUGACGAACGUGGUGCUCUACGACGAGGAGCCUGACGGCGUCGUGUCUGUCAAGUUCUCCAAGCCCGAGGCGGCGCAGGCGUGCAUACAGCUCAUGAACGGGCGCAGCUUCGACGGACGUGUGGUGGAGGCGUCUGUGUCAACAGGCAGGGAGAGAUUCAAGAAGUCGAAGCAGGGCGAGCCUAGCGACAGCGAAUGA